UAUCCGGUGAUGUUUCCUAAUAAAUUAACGAAAAAUAUCUGGAAACCAAAAUUUGGAUUUCCUAAUACCAAAAUGAUUGAAAAAUUUUAUGACUCUUCGAAAAUCACUUCUGUAAAAGUUCUUCCAGACAAAUCUCUAUUUGGGGCUGUCAGAAUGAAUUUUUUAGUUGACUGCCCUAUGAAAUUGCAUGAUUAUCCCAUUGAUGUUCAGAUUUGUCAGUUUUUACUUGGUGUAGUUGGACAUACAGAUAAAGGAGCCUUGCCGAAAUGGAUGGGAGAAGAAAAUAGCCCUUACAAAAAUCUCGGUAAAAGCAUACAAAUUAGAAGUAUAAAUUUAUUAUCAUACGAGAUGGACGAAAUUAAAGCUAAGAAGGAGACUCAACGAUGGUUGAGCGGUAACUACACUAUGUUAAUUGCCGAAUUUAAAUUUAAACGACGUUUGACCGGUAACAUGAUGAAUGUUUACAUCCCUAGUACAUUAGUGGUCAUGCUAUCAUGGCUCUCAUUUUGGAUCGAUGUUCACGCAGCACCAGCACGAGUAACUUUGGGUGUGACUUCAAUCCUGACUUUAGUCACUCAUUUGGUCCAGUCCAGAAGCUUCGUGCCUCCUGUGGAUUAUUUGAAGGCUCUGGAUAUUUGGUUUAUAUUCUGCAUCGUUUUGAUAUUUUUAUCUUUACUGGAAUAUGCUCUAGCUUACCAAGCCGCCAUCAAAAUGAAAGAGAAAAAAGAAAUUCAAGUUCAUUCGAUAGAUUCCCAUCCGAAGAAAAAGAAAUCGGGAAUAAUUUGGGUCGGGAGGUUACGAGAAAGUGUCACUUUCAAAGAACUGAAAAGACGACCUGCUCUCAGGUGUGAAAGUUGA